AUGCAUGGGAAAUACAGCUUCUAUUGGCUCACCAUAGCUUACUGUCAGGACUCAGGGACCAGAAUUCGGAAUGGCGGACCGAACCCUCUGAAGUUUAUUGUGGAGGAAGUAGCCAGUGUUCAGCUGUACCCCGAGACAGACGAGCCAGUCAACAUACUUAACAUAAAGAGAGGAAUCAUUUCAGCUCUCAUUGUGCCAGUCAUGGAGGAUGAACAGAACAGCCUCAUGAGCACAGUGUAUGGCCAGUGUUUAACUGACUAUAUAGUGAAUGACGGGAAGGAUAUCGCCACAGAUGUGACACUGUCCAGAUAUCUGUCCCAGUGCGACCGGUUCUACAGCAGAGAACUAGUCAACAGCCCCCUGGCCCUGUUGCAAAAGCUGCAUCACCCCAUGUCUAAGCUGAUAACAAGCACUCAAGAUUGCAAUUACCAGUUUGAUAACAAGGGAAAGCACAUUACUGCAGCCCUGUGCACAGAAAAACACAUCUACCUGCCAUUUUCCCACAAGGACAACCAAAUAUCAUCCGUGGUAACCCAGGAUCUCAGCUUUCGAAGCUUCAAAAGGAUAAACAACAAAGUAUUUGAAGUGAACCCCAGCCAGAGCAAGCCCCUCCACUUUGAAGACCCUGAAGAUAAAGCUGUAGUCCAGAUGAAAGAUGCCGUUCUGAGUACCCUACAGGAUCUGUCAGCUUUGGCUGGCACAGACCAGGGUCAGAAGAGAACCAGCCUUUUUCAUAAGCUUGUGUCCAGCCUCCGCGUCCUGAAGAAUGACACCCUGAGCCAGUUGGUCACCGAAAUGAUGGAUGUGUCAGGCUGGCUCACCUGGCAGGCUCUGUUCCAGUGUGGAACCACAGAGUGCACCAGUGCCAUUCUCAAGGCUAUCAGGACCAUUGAUGGGUUGUCAGUAGAGGUGGAUGCUCUAGUUUAUGGGCUGAGUCUACAAGCAAACCCUGAUGCCUUACGUGUGCGAGAUAUGCUCAGCAUGGCUCAGUAUAAACAGAGCAGAGCAAUCAUGUAUGCUCUAGCCAACACAGUCAAGAAGUUCUAUAAAGCAGAAGUUACACCAGUGGUCACAGAUGUGUCAGUGUUCAUGGAAACACUCCUAAAUGACUGCUUGGGAGGAAUCCUUGAUAACGAUUCUGAGAUGUCCUUCCUUGUACUGAGGGUUGUUGGUGUCAUGGGUCAAGCCAUGCAAGCUGUCAGUCCCAGCCUGAUUUCCUCCAUUUUGCGGUGUGCUAAGAGAACAGACAUCCCAUUAUCAAACCAAAAGGCAGCUAUACAGGCCUUUAGGAUGAUGGAAAUUAAUGAUGAGGUCAGAAAAAUUUUUUGGGAGGUGUACCAGGAUGUUCAAAGCCCUAUAGAAAAACGUGUAGCAGCCUACCUGAUUCUCAUGAAGAACCCAGACCGAGCCCUGCUUAGAGACAUUCUAAAUGGUUUGGCAAAUGUGAGGGAUGAGCAGCUCAAGAGCUUUGUGGUCUCCCACCUAAAAAACAUCUGCGACUCCAGCGAGCCACAAAUGCAUGAACUUAAGAAGGACAUUGAGUUGGCCUUGAAAGACCAGCUAUCACCAACAAACAAAGUAUUUGAUGGCAUGUCACACAACUACAAAAAAGACUCUCCCUUGGGCUCAGUGCAGAGUAACAUCAUCUUUAAUGCCACAAACACCUUACCUAAGGAAGUGAUGCUUGAGACCACUCUAAAGGUUUUUGACUACAACUAUGACAUCUUUGAGGUCAAUGUUGAGGGAACAGGAUUCGAACCAACAAUUGAUGCUCUCUUUGGAGAAAAUGGUUUCUUUCCUAAUUCCAUCUUCAAAGUCAUGUACUGGGCAGAUGACAAAGCCAAGAUGCUCAGAGAGGUUUUGGAGAGAACUGCCCCUCAAAGAUACAGAAUGAAGAGAGAGGUCCCACAGGAUCUCAUGAAAGACAUCGCAAACAGUGUCCAGAAGCUCAUGGAUGAAAUCCGUUUCUCUCCAACCCCUGAAGCCAUCGCUUAUCUUCGGCUUUUGGGAGCUGAGAUCGGAUACAUUAAGACCAGCGACUUGAGAAACAUGGCUGAGACUCUGUCCAUGUACUAUGAUGUUUUCAUCAGGGUGCUUCCUUUAAAGGCCUUUUUGGCAUGGACAUCUGGCACUGAAAAUGAAGUCUUUGCCCACUAUAUCUUCAUGGAGAAUGCCUUCUCCUUACCCACUGCCACUGGCUUCCCUUUGAAGUUCUCACUGGCUGGUGUGUUUGCACCUGGUGUCAAAGGAGGCCUGACUCACUCACCUGCUAACUCACUGACUGACUUGUCCUUCAUGCCUUCAGUUGGGCUAGAGAUUAUCACCAAAAUGGGUGUGCACAUUCCAGACUAUGUGGAGGCCUGGACUGAGAUGGACACUAAUUUGUAUCAUGAGAGUUCCCUUAAUGCUAAGGUCACCAUGAGUAGAAACCAGAUGCGACUGUCCAUCCGUGCCCCUGAAUCAAACACUCAGCUGUUCAGCAUUAGCAACAAGCUGCUGUCAGUGUCCUCUGGUCAAACACCAAUAGUGCCAUCCCUGGUGGAGGACCAGACUAACUCAGCUGACUGCCGUCACCUUUUCAGUGGUCUGAAAUUGUGCACAAUUGUGCAAUACUCCAAUGCUACUUCCAUGGACCAGGCCCAAUAUUACUCCCUGACUGGAGAAAGCAGGUUUGCAGUUGAAAUCCAGCCAACAGGGGAAGUUUCAGAGUAUACUGUCACCAUCGCUGAUGAAACGGUCAGAGAGGGUAAAAAAGAUCGUCAUAAGGUAGACUCGCUGAAGUUUACCCUGAAGGCAGAAGGGUAUUAUUCAUCCGAGGCCACUGCAUCUCUGAAAUACAACCGCAACCAGAACACUCUCACCACUGACGUUGUAAUUCCCAACUACAAUGUGGAAGCAGGCAUCAAGCUGGCUAUAACUGACAGUGAUGCCAAAGAAAAGAAGAUGAGAGGUAUCACCAUUGAUGUCACCAACAGAAACAUCCCGCAACUGACUUUUGUUGGACGCACAAGUUUUAAAUGUAGACUUGACAUGAUGAAGAAAGCCAUGCUGCAACUCCUACUGGUCAUUCCAUCUCUGAAAACCAAUGCCUCCAUCACUGCAACCCUGAAGAGGGAUGAGGAUGUGCUCAUGGACUUGGAGACACUCAUCAACCUCCCUGAGACAUCCUUCCAACAGAAAGCUUUCCUCAAAUACAGUGAUGACAAGUUUGUGGUGGAACUGAAAUCUGAUCUGAAUUCAGAGAUUCAAAAAGUAAUCCCAAAUAUGGAGGAUCAUCAUAAACAGCUUCAAAACCUCAGUGAUCAUAUCCUGGACCAGAAAGUGGCAAAGACUGAUAUGAAACUGCGUCACAUAAUCACCAAAGGACUUGAGGCAGGUGACAUAUGGUUAGACAAACUGAUACCGCGCAUACCCUAUCUUGCUAACCUACGAAGUAAGAGGAGCAUCUCAGAUCUCACCCUGCCUGCCCUGCCUGAAAAACUGUAUCUGCAGUUUGACACCUUGUUCCAAUAUCAGUUCAACAAGUAUAAGAUGGCCUUCUCACUUCCUCUUCCACAUGGAGGCAAACAGUCAGAAGACCUGAACAUCCCAACCACUCUGUCUAUUCCCUUUAUAGGUUUACCAAACGUAGGCCUAUAUAUUCCUGCUAAAAAUUAUCCACUACCAUCAUUCACUAUACCGCCUUCUUUGGAUUUUACUCUUCCUCUUCUCGGUCUGGCUGAGGCAUCCACCAAGAUAAACAGCAACUUCUAUAGCUGGGAAGGCUCCAUCUCUGGGGGCAACAACACUGUCAGUGUCCCAAGCUACAUUGUACAGUAUAAAUCUUUGGCACAAUCACCUUUCAACCUACUGUCCUACAAGCUUGAAGGAAUCGGAAUGAUGUCAGGAACAGAAGACGACAAUCUCAAGUAUCUUCUGAAUAGUUCCUUCAGCCAUAGCCUCAUUGACACAAGUAUCAGUGUCUUAGAAACAUUAAGGGUAACUAAUAAAUUAAAUGCAAGAGCUAACUAUAAGAUUGAAGCCUCUAGUUCAGUAGGCCUACAAGCCUUUCUCUACUAUUCUGCUCAGUCAACCUCAACUCUAGAUUCAGAUGAAGUCUCAGGAGAUGGCGCUGUGGAUGGAUCACUUAAAAUUGGUUCAUUCUACACCAACGCCUCCUACACCCACAACUACAAUGUGCAUUCACUAGAUAGAGAAGGAAGAGGAGAGUCCACCCUACACUUUAACUCACCAUUCAUCAAAGUUCACAACAUGAUCUAUGGAACCUACACAAACUCUGUGUUGAACAUUGUUUCCAAAACCAAUACCCAGGAUGAUGCCCUCAAGCAUUUAGCAGAGCUCAAAUAUAAAGAUGCACAACUGACUCUGAAGCUUAAUGCUAUUGCCACUGCCAUGGGCAAAUCACUUAGUAACAAGGUUGAGCUUGGUGUGUCCAGUCACAUGGCCAUCCUCAGAAUUGAGUCACAGGCAGAUGAUGAUAUACAUAGGGCAUACUCACUUAUAACAGGAUCCCUGGAUUCAGAUGGGCUUAAGGUAAACUCUGAUGGUUCCCUCACCUUUGACACAGGUUGUGGAUUACACAAAGCUUCUGUUAUGGCUGACAGACAUGGUCUGAAUACAAGUGGAACUAACAGCUUUCAGUGCAGCCCUAUCACAGUAGAGAAUAUCUUCCAUGGCGCUAUAGACAACAAUGGAGCCUCCCUGUCCUCCAGGACAAAAGCAAUGGCUGAGGAGAGCAGAGGAGAACUGAACAUUGAGGCCAGUUCAACCCUUGAAUUUGAUAAUGGACUAAUCAAUGUAAAUGGGAAGUGCAAUUUGAUUCACAGUGAUGUAAAUGUCAACUGGCAACAUGUUUCAGCACAAAACCUGAGGGAGUCUCAUCAUAGUAUCAAUGUUGACAUUAUCAGUCAAACAUUUGCUGAUGUGAGCUUUCACUUUGCUUACCGCAAAGACGGCAUCACGGUAUCUAUGUCUUGUCCAUCAUCUGGUUUCCUCGGAAUGCAGUUUCAGCAGAGGUCUCCAUCACAGUUGUAUGGAAAACUGUUUGGUCGCUACCUGUCUACUCCUGAAAGGGAUACUGAUAUUUUCACUGCCAAAGUCACACUGAGAAACUCUAAGAAGUUGGUCUUACAGAUGUCAUGGAAUUGGGACUUUCUUCAUGAUGUAAUUGAGGGUACCAAGGACAGGAUUCCUGUUAUGACUGAUACUGUGCUCAAGUUCAUUAACAAGUAUCACACCAUCCACUUUGGCUUUGAUCUCAACCGUGGUGGCAUGAAGCUGAAAAACACAGUUUCUAAUGUCAUAGAGAGAGCCUAUCAUGAAGUGCCUUUGUCUUUUAACACACUGCAGAAUUCAAUCAAACACGUCAGUGAUCAAGUAAAAGACAUGUACAGGACAGCAUCUGAUGGCUUGAUGUCCAUGAGUGUGCAGGAUGUUAUAGACAGGUUGGCUCACGAGGCAAGACAAGUCUUGAAACACAUUGGAGACAAGAUUUAUGUCUUGCUUGGUGCGGUCACACAGUUUUUGAGUGACACAAAGUUUACAUUACCUGAAUCUGAAGAAAAACUCUCUAGCCUAGAGAUGUUCCAGCGAGCAUGUCAGUCUGUAUCAAAAGCCACUGACAGGGCAGUUCAAAGGUUUGCCAGCCUUGCAAAGAAAACUUCUAGAUACAUUAGGGGAAUAACGUUCACUGUACCUGGAACUGAUGUUGUUGUCAAUGGAAACAAGAUCAUGGAUAAACUGAUGUCUUCUGUCAGAUCUGCAUUUGAUCAGCUAAGACAUUCAGUGAGCAGGGGGUUCAGUUGGCUUCACAAAACAUUUAAUGGCCUCCUCCAGGUGAUUACUGAAAAUGCAGAGAAUUUCAUCACAUACCUUCAAGAUGAAAAUGUUGAAAUUGCCUCUCAAGUUGAUGCUAUCUAUGCAAAGGUUCUGCAGUCCUCAAACCAACAUACUAAUGAGGUCAAGAGAUAUGUGGCUGAUUAUAAAGACCUCACCAAACUGAGGAUUCAAGAGGCUUAUAAUGCUUUAAGUAUGGUGCGGGUAAAUAACGAUGCCAAGGAGUUUAUCAGUAUUUUGCAGUCCGAUCUCUACAGAGGGCUUAAUGAAACUGUAGAUCUAUUGAGAAGGACAUCCCUGUGCACAGCACCGUACAUUAGAGUGAGCAGUGAAAGGUUGGACUUUGAAAUUCCUUUACCCUUUCUUUGGAAGUCUUUUAGCAAAUGGCCAAUGCAAUCCAGUCCGUGAGUCAUGGCUUUCUUGUGGGUUGAUAAUGGCUGACUAAAUGUAUGUCUGUGUGAAAAAAUAACUUUUGGUUGAUGUCAAAAACUGUGUUUAAGGUUGUUUUAACUCAUGUAAAGUAUAUACAAGUUAUACUUACAUGAGAUUUUGUUAAAUCUGACAAUUUAAGCAAUUUUGGCCUGCCAAUGUUUUGCAUGCAUUGAAGAUGGUGUUCAGUUAAACAAUACUAAUUACAGAUGUCAUUCUGUGCCAACAUUUUCAACAAAUCAAUGGGCAUGAAACCUUUGGAUGUCUAUGACAGAAUCAGGACCCAGUGGCAGAGUGACAAGGGGUGGUGGGGGUGUUCUGGGGCUACAACACCUAAUGUUUUCUCAAAAGCCCUGUAUCUUUUGUGUUAUUAAAAUACCUUUACCUUUGAGUCAUUUCCCCCUUCGACUGGACCUCAGUAGAAGUUAUUAUUUUGUUUAAUUCUGCCAAAACAGUAUUAAAAACUGACUUGUGUUGCAUGGUUUAAAGGUCUGUCAAUGCUACAAUAAAUAGGCCUAUCAAAACAUA